UGAGCGCGUUUUGUGAGCGCGGAGGGGAGGGAGGGUUGCACAUUUUACAGCUCACUGACCAUUUGGCGAUCCAUUGAGAGGAGGGUUUGGAAAAGUGGCUCCUUUGUGACAGCUCCAGGCAGAUUGGGGGGCUGCUCAUUUGCAUCUCAUUAGCAAUGCGGGCGGCCGGCGGGAUAUAAGGGAGGCAGGCGCCCGGCGAGAGGCAGACCCUGAGCGCUUCACACUCGGAGAGAGCCGCCGAGGCGCGGCACGGCACGGCACGGCACGGCGCAGCGCGGCGCAACCCCCCCGCCCCGCCGGAGCACACCCGGACACGCUCGGUGCGCGGCUAUUGAGACACGAGCUUAUUUUUGUUGGCUGGGAUUCCUCUGAAAACAAAAAGCUGUCAGUUGCCGAGAGGCUGCACCUAGAGACCUCGACAGGGGGAAAAAAAAUCAGAGACACUCCUGAAAGAAGGAAACCGUGACACUAACUCUUCCAGCUCUGCUGGGACAAGCGGCUUUGGCCGCUUAAUUUUUUCCUUCCCCCCAGAGAGACACUUUCCCCUUUCCCCUCGGAAGAGAGACAAGGGGGAGGCAAGCGAAGGCACCAGAGCCUGCCCCUCCAAAAUGGGAGGCCGGUUCCUGCUGACGCUCGCCCUCCUCUCGGUGCUGCUGUGCCGCUGCCAGGUCGCCUGUUCCGGGGUCUUCGAGCUGAAGCUGCAGGAGUUUGUCAAUAAGAAGGGGCUGCUGAGCAACCGCAACUGCUGCCGCGGGGGCGGCCCCGGCGGCGCCGGGCUGCAGCAGUGCGACUGCAAGACCUUCUUCCGCGUGUGCCUCAAGCACUACCAGGCCAGCGUGUCCCCCGAGCCGCCCUGCACCUACGGCAGCGCCAUCACCCCCGUGCUCGGCGCCAACUCCUUCAGCGUCCCCGACGGCGCGGGCGGCGCCGACCCGGCCGCCUUCAGCAACCCCAUCCGCUUCCCCUUCGGCUUCACCUGGCCCGGCACCUUCUCGCUCAUCAUCGAAGCGCUGCAUACCGACUCGCCCGACGACCUCACCACGGAAAACCCCGAGCGCCUCAUCAGCCGCCUGGCCACGCAGAGGCACUUGGCUGUGGGCGAAGAGUGGUCCCAGGACCUGCACAGCAGCGGCCGCACCGACCUCAAGUACUCCUACCGCUUCGUGUGCGACGAGCACUAUUACGGAGAGGGCUGCUCUGUCUUCUGCCGCCCCCGGGAUGAUGCCUUUGGUCACUUCACCUGUGGGGAGCGUGGCGAGAAAGUCUGCAACCCGGGCUGGAAGGGCCAGUACUGCACUGAGCCGAUUUGUUUGCCUGGAUGUGAUGAGCAACACGGCUUUUGCGACAAACCUGGGGAAUGCAAAUGCAGAGUGGGUUGGCAGGGGCGAUAUUGUGAUGAGUGCAUCCGAUACCCAGGCUGCCUUCAUGGUACCUGUCAGCAACCGUGGCAGUGCAACUGCCAGGAAGGCUGGGGUGGCCUUUUCUGUAACCAGGACCUUAACUACUGCACCCACCACAAGCCAUGCAAGAAUGGUGCCACAUGCACCAACACUGGCCAAGGGAGCUACACUUGUUCUUGCCGACCCGGGUACACAGGUUCAAGCUGUGAGAUUGAAAUCAAUGAAUGUGAUGCCAACCCUUGCAAGAAUGGUGGAAGCUGCACUGAUCUUGAGAACAGCUAUUCCUGUACCUGUCCCCCGGGCUUCUACGGUAAAAACUGUGAGCUGAGCGCAAUGACUUGUGCUGACGGACCAUGCUUCAAUGGUGGGAGGUGUACUGACAACCCUGAUGGGGGAUACAGCUGCCGCUGCCCACUAGGAUAUUCUGGGUUCAACUGUGAAAAGAAAAUUGAUUACUGCAGUUCCAGCCCUUGUGCUAAUGGAGCCCAGUGUGUUGAUCUUGGGAACUCUUACAUAUGCCAGUGCCAGGCUGGCUUCACUGGAAGACACUGUGACGAUAACGUGGAUGACUGUGCCUCCUUUCCGUGUGUCAACGGAGGAACCUGCCAGGAUGGAAUUAAUGACUAUUCCUGUACGUGCCCCCCGGGAUACAAUGGGAAGAACUGCAGUACCCCAGUGAGCAGAUGUGAACACAACCCUUGUCACAACGGGGCGACGUGCCACGAAAGAAACAACCGCUAUGUGUGUGAGUGUGCCCGGGGGUAUGGCGGACUCAACUGCCAGUUUUUGCUCCCCGAGCAGCCUCAGGGACCAGUAAUUGUCGACUUCACUGAGAAGUACACAGAAGGCCAGAAUGCCCAGUUCCCCUGGAUCGCGGUGUGUGCCGGGAUUAUUCUGGUCCUGAUGCUAUUGCUGGGGUGCGCUGCUGUUGUUGUCUGCGUCAGACUCAAAAUGCAAAAGAGGCACCACCAGCCUGAUGCGUGUAGGAGUGAAACUGAGACCAUGAACAACCUGGCAAACUGCCAGCGUGAGAAGGACAUUUCCAUAAGUGUCAUUGGUGCCACUCAGAUUAAAAACACAAACAAGAAAGUAGACUUUCACAGUGAUAACUCCGAUAAAAAUGGCUACAAAGUUAGAUACCCAUCAGUGGAUUACAAUUUGGUGCAUGAACUCAAGAAUGAGGACUCUGUUAAAGAGGAGCACAGCAAAUGUGAAGCCAAGUGUGAAACAUAUGAUUCAGAGGCAGAGGAGAAAAGUGCAGUACAACUAAAGAGUGAUACUUCCGAAAGAAAACGACCUGAUUCAGUAUAUUCCACUUCAAAGGACACAAAGUACCAGUCGGUGUAUGUCAUAUCAGAAGAGAAAGAUGAGUGCAUCAUAGCAACUGAGGUGUAAAACGGAAGUGAUAUGGCAAAGUUGUUGUUCAGAACAAUUUCAAAGGAGACGUGCCCCAAUGAAUGCUGCUGAAAGAGGAAUGGGAGAUAGAUUCCUUCACUGACUGCUGCUGAGAAACUAAAUUCAGGCUUGAGCUGGUUCUCUACUGAAGUUAGCAAAGUGACUGCAAAAUAAAGAAACAAGAUGGACACUAGGCAAGGGUCUGUGUUCUGUUGCACUGCCUUUUAUGAAUUUUAUCAUUGCACUAUGGUCAGUUGCUUUUCUAUAUAUAUUUAAAUGAAUGGACUUACUUACUACAUAAGAAGCAUGCACUGCCUGAAGUGUGUAUUUUGGAUUCUUAUGAGCCAGUCUUUUCUUGAAUUAGAGACAUAAACACUGCCUUUAUUGUCUUUUUUGAUACUAAAAUGUGUUUUUACUAGGUGAGA